CCGUAUUGUUCUUAAUUGGAAGUUGAGGAGGAUGGGAAUCGAACCCAGCAACCCUACACAAUAGAACAUUACAGCGUGCAUGCCAUAACCACAAAGCCAUGAACACUGGGAGAUAAUAAAAUAUAGUUUCAGCACCUCUUAUUGGAUUUGGAAUGCAAAAGAAGAUUUGGAAUCCAUCUGACUGUCCACGUGGACGAAUGAGGCCAGAGAUUUGGAGGAUCCACGCGCGGAUCCUGGAGAGCAGCUACUGGCCGAAUCGAUACCUCUCCAACAUGAUCGCUUCCGAAGCGUUUCCAGCCCAGAAUCGACCAAGCCAUUUCAGACUCUGGACAAUUGCAGUCCGGGGGCAAUCUCGACGCGAUCAACUUCACGAGCUUCCUCAAGGUGGCGAUGGAUCCUGUCCGCGGAAACCGAUAGUAAAAGACAGCGGCACUCUUGAAAUCAGUCACCAGCUGCAAAAACGGGAGCUUGGACGAGCUCGCCCACAGGUAGAAUUCCAUCUCGCAUCUGUUCAAUCCCUGCCGGCUCAGCCCACUGACGACUUCGAUCCCAAGAACAGCGUCGCUUCCAUGCGCAAGAACGGCCGAGCUUUUGCUCCUCACCUCCACGUCCCAGUUGAUCACGCGGAAAACCUCCGGUACGACUGUGGCAAAACUUGACAGAUCUCGCACACAAUCUCGUCAGCUUGAGCUCGAGGGAGGUGACGAUCAAUGUAGAGCUCUUCUUCUU